AUGGAGUCCGUUAAUUAUAGAGCCAACAAGGCUUCCAAUUACCUCCAGUGUCUACCUGAUGAUGUGUUAAUGCAGAUAUUCAAAUACUUAUCGCCUACCGAUCUUCUGAAGAUUCGAAUGCUAAUCCGGAAUAAGAUUUGGGAGAGAUCACCAUAUCGUUUUGACGAAAAGGGGCAUGGGACAAAAUCAAUCACUAAUACAAUCAUUCAAGCAUCGGGUCUAUCGAAAGACCGCAAAUCAGUUUUCGACCUUCCCGAUAAAGUGCUUUACGAGGAGCUAUUCAAAUACUUGUCGUUCGAUGAUCUAUUGAAAAUUCAAGUCCUAUGUAGACGAUUGAGACUUUUGGUUGACCCAUUGGUAUGGCAUUCCAUAUACGUUUACCACCAUAAUUUCUAUUAUGAUAUGCCAUGGAUGGGUUAUAGAAGGAUGCACUGGAAUGUAUUUAUGGAAUUGUCAAGGUCAAGAGAGCUUAAAACACAUCUUAUUAAGAGAUUGACAUUCUCCAACGAUAGAUGCUUGAACUUGGUAUGGUUGCAACAUUUGCAGGAGAAACUUACGAGGUGUUCAAUAGCCGUCUCUGAGAUUACGCAACAGGAGUUUGUCGAUUAUAUGAGAGGGGCGGAUUUUCAUUCAAGAAGAUUUUAUGUUCCAGAUUCAGAUGUCAAUAGUAUCGAUACUGUAAAGGUCGUAUAUGCUGACCAAGAUUUCUUUGAAAAUUGGUUACCUCGCAUGACACUGUUGGAGUAUCUCGAUAUUGAUACAAUUGAGAAUGUUCAAGUACAGAACAGAUUUGUCAUACAUAGCCUACGCAUUUCAGAGAACAGAUUUAUCAGACAAAGUAUAUCAAGUGAUUCUCGUGGACUUGUAAAUGAAAUUUCUGAGAUUUUUGACCUUCUGAAAUUGAGGUGGUUGCUGCUUUGGGAUACCCCUUCAAACUGGAAUACAAUAAGCAAAAUGCUUACUUCGAUCACCAUGCUUGAAAUUGAUGGCACAAUACAACAUCUACCAUACAACUCUCUCCGAGAGAUGAACUACAUUCGUGACAUCCCAGACGAAGAUUUCGAGUACCUAUUCUUUCAUUCCAUAACAUAUUUGACAGUGAAUACUAUCAGGGAUAGUGAGUCUUCAGAGCUUCGAUUAAUGAAUAAAUUGAAGAGGUUGAGUACUCUAAAGGAAUUGAGGGUAAAUCAUACUACAUACCGGAUCGUCAUGUUAUUGGUAGUAGGGAUAUUCUUUCUGGAAAUUCUUUCAUUGAUUAUCAUUUGGUAUUGUCGUCCAUUCAAGAACCAUAAAGAAGACCCUGAAGAUCAUCAACCAGAAGAACACAUUCGUAUUGUUGAUUUUCCUGAUGAACUACUUCAGGAAAUAUUCGAGUACUUGGAAACAUAUGAACAUUUGAUGAUGCGAAUGGCUUGCAAAAGAUUCAAUCGUCUUAUUGAACCGUUAAUAUGGCAUUCCAUUUUUGUGUAUGCUCCCUCUGAUGUCAACAAUAUAGGUGAACCCUGGGCAAAUUACUGUAAGAUAUCCGAAGAUAUAUUUAUCGAAAUGUCAACGUCUAAGAAGCUUAAAACUAAACUUAUGAAAAGAUUAGUAUUUGAACGAGACUGCUUUUCCUUGAAGUGGUUCCAAAGUUUAGCGACGGGCCUUGGGGGAUGUUCUAUUGCUAUCGAUCAUAUUGGUAACCAGAAGCUAUUUAAAGGGUUGACAAUUUUUAAUAACUCUUCAGAACAGUUGUUUUGGUGGAGAGAACUCGGAUAUCUCGAUGCCCGUUUAGGGGGGAAAUUGGAUGGCUUCCCCGAUCUCCACCUAAUCAAAAGUCUCAAGAUGCCCCGUGCUGACCAGAAUUUUUUUCAUAAUUGGAUAUCUAACAUGACGCUGCUACAAUCCCUUCACAUUGUAGAACUAAAACCUGUGAGUAUUGAGAGAAAAAUUAGGUUAGUUAAUUUAUAUGUCGAUAAGUUUGAAUAUCUUGUAUAUGUUGGUCGUAUUUUUGACUUUCUGACAUUGAAAUCGUUACAUCUUGGGCUGCUCCUACCGACUUGGGGGACAGUAAGUCAGGAGCUUUUCUUAAUAAGCAACAUCAGCAUUACAGAUACAAUAUUGUACUUACCAUAUUAUACACUCCGGGAGCUUCACUACAGCGAGGAUAUUCCUUGGGGAGAUUUCAGUUACAUACUCCGUCAUCCGAUAACAUAUUUGUCACUGAACCCCUUUGUUAAAGAUGAGACUGAGGAAAAGAAAGAGGCAAUAAGUGUUAUGAAAGAAUUGAAAGGUAUGACCACUUUAAGAACCUUACGGAUUAGAAAAACGACAUUUCGAUUUGCUCAAUGA